AUGGAGGAGCAGCCGAAGGAGGGCGAGGCCGAGGUCGCGGAGCACUGGUUCUCCAAGUGGGAACGCCAGUGCUUGGCCGAGGCCGAGCAGGAAGAGCAGCUGCCCCCUGAGCUGCAGGAGGAGGCGGCCGCUGAGGCAGCGGGGCUCAAGACCGAGCAGCAGAGGCUGUGGCACCUCUUCCAGACCUCUGCCACCGCCGUGGCCCAGCUCUACAAAGAUUCCGGGUGCCAACAGCCAGAACUGUCCAUGUGGGACCCCUUCCAGAAUGCGGCCAUGGCCGUGACCAGUCUCUACAAAGAGAGCGGGGAUGCCCACCAAAGAAGUUUUGACCUGGGCGUCCAGGUUGGCUACCAGCGUCGCAUCAAAGACGUCCUGGAGUGGGUGAAGAAGGGCCGGAGCACCAUUCUCCGCGAAGACCUGAUUAGCUUCCUGUGCGGCAAAGUGCCCCCCGCACCUCCAUCAUCACGCACCCCCAGGACGCCGCCGAAGCCGCCCGCCGCGGCCACCAGCCAGGCCACAGCCACUGAAUCCAGUUCGUCCGUAGAAGUCGACCUGCAGCCCUUCCACGAGGCCAUCGCCCUGCAUGGCCUCAGUGGUGCCAUGGCGAGCAUCAGCGUGAGAUCUGGUGCGCCCGGCUCCCCGCCUCACGCCACCAAUGGCACCGGCGGCGGGCGCCGAAAAAGUAGCUUCCUCGAGGACGACUUGAACCCCUUCAACUCAGAAGAACUGGCCCUCCGCCUGGACAGCGGGGGGACCCGCAAGCGCACCUCGGCCCAGUGUGGGGAUAGUGUCACAGACUCCCCAACCCACAAGCGCAACCGAAUGGUCUGA